CUGGUUUCUGUCUCGGAGGAAGGAAUAAUAAUAUAAUAACCUCCACCAAAUGGCUAACCGCUCUGCAUUCCACGUAUUUUCUCUCUCUUAUUUUUAUUUCUUUUUAUCUUUUAUUCUGUAGCUUUCCCACCCACUCUCUCUCUCUCGAUCUUCACCAUCUUCCUCCUAUCUCACCUGCUGCCUUCCAAAUCUCAACUCCAUUCCUCAAUGCCGACUACUACUCAAACUUUUCACUUUCUCCACAAAUACUGCAUCUCAACAGUAUCGCCGCAUGCAUAAUCUCCGAUCUUGGUGUUCCCCGAUUUUAUGAAAGUUUCAAGAGAAAAAUGUCCUAUUGAGCGCGGGGCAUAUUUUUGCUCUGGACAAAUAUUCGGCGCUCAUCUGGUCUUUCUAGUGUUUCUCAGUCGGGAUGCAGUUUCUGAAUGAGAUUCACCGCUCCAAUUCUUGAAGCUUUCGAAUGGAAAAUGUCAUUUGAUUUGGUCUUUUACGGGUAUGAGGGAUUUAUGCGGUUUUGCAGUGAUAGAAUGAGUAGUUUCAGUAGAAGUGUUUCUUUCAAACAAAGGGCCGCGAGUGUGGGCAGCCCGAGAGUGAGUAGAAAGAGUUGCGUCUCGAGGCUGUUCCGUGCUCUAAUUGCAAUUGGGUCCCUGGUCUCCUUCCUUUUGGCCACCGGCUGUGGGUACUUGUACGUCCUCCCAAACCUCACUCACGCAUUCCAUGACCGUGAUGUUGGUUUUUCGGGGUUAAACAGUUCAUCUGACGCUUGUGAUGUGUUUGACGGGCAUUGGGUGCUUGAUGAUAGUUAUCCCCUGUAUAAUGCCUCUGAGUGCCCUUUUGUGGAGCAAGGGUUUAACUGCUUGAUGAAUGGCCGUGAGGAUGAGGAUUAUCUGAAAUGGAGGUGGAAGCCCAAAAACUGUGAAAUCCCGAGAGUUAACACGCAGCGUGUUCUGGAAGCUCUGCGGAAUAAGAGAGUUGUUUUUGUUGGUGACUCUAUGAGUCGGACUCAGUGGGAGUCUUUGAUAUGUCUGCUGAUCACGGGCGUGGAGAAUAAACGAAGCGUUUAUGAAGUCAAUGGAAAUAUGAUAACAAAGCAGAUUAGGUUCUUGCGUGUGAGGUUUAGUACCUUUAAUUUCACAAUUGAGUUCUACCGAUCGGUGUUUCUCGUGCAACACAACUGGGCGCCCAAGAAUGUGCCCAGGAGAGUUCGGUCGACACUUAAAUUGGACAAGCUGGAUGACAUCAGUAAAGAGUGGAUUGAUUCGGAUAUUCUGAUUUUCAAUUCUGGUCAGUGGUGGGUUCCGGGGAAGCUUUUUGGGACGGGAUGCUAUUUCCAGGUUGGCAAAUCGCUGAAACUCGGAAUGCCCAUUGCCGAAGCCUACCGAACUGCUUUACAAACUUGGGCAUCUUGGGUGGACCAUAUGAUCAAUCCAGAUAAAACACGCGUCUUCUUUCGAACCUUUGAACCAUCUCACUGGAGGAACCUAACUCUACGAGAGUGCGAAGUGUCUCAGUUACCUCUUUCAGAAGUCGAAGGGAAGGACUAUAGUCCGUUUUCAGAUACCGUUUUCGAGGUGGUUAAUACUAUGAUUGUUCCCGUGACUGUUGUUCACGUAACUCCCAUGUCAGCAUUUAGAAGUGAUGCACAUGUGGGCACGUGGAGUGACCGGCCAUCCUUAUCCGACUGCAGCCACUGGUGUUUGCCUGGACUGCCAGACGUGUGGAAUGAAAUAGUCCUUUCAUAUUUGCUUCGAAACUAUGAAGCUGCUUCUUAGUGAGUGCUCCGAGCUUCGUUUGUGGUUUAAGUCUGGUGGACAACGAUUGCUCUCGAGAUCUAACUGGAUGAGAUGUUUAGGAGAUGUGCAUGAUACAUGCAAGAUGACGGCCUUGUACACACAUAUGAAAAAGAAAAAUAGUUUUUUUUUUGUUGCUUUUGCAUCUAGAAAAUUGAAGAAGCAUAGAAGGGAAAAAACGAAGUGAACAAUGGAUCAAACUAUUUUUGUGUUCCGUUGAAUUUCUGCUAACAUAGAGGAAACCAAGAAAAUAGAAAGAAUUUUCAGUUAACCCAACAAUCAGUCAUUUUCAUUUU